AUGAAGAUGAAGAGCUAUGCGAGAAACCAUGGCGCCGACACCAUCGUCCACCAUGCCGGCCAGGCCGUCGCCGGCGGCGCCAACAUUUUCCAAGAUCGCAUGGGAAUGAAGAACUAUAGGAGCUUUAAGCAGACAGUGAGAAGGCUGGAAGAAGCUGCGAUGACUUGUAGAGGGCAUGAGAGAGUUCAGCUGCUGAGGAGAUGGCUGGUUGCUUUGAAAGGAAUUGAGAAGGCUUCUGAUGAGAAGAGUCCAGAGCAGGCUCAGUCUUCUGAUGAGCCCAACUCCCCUAAUUCUACUAAUUCAUCGGAAUUAUAUGGUGUUGAUGAUAGCAGGACAGAGGAUUUGUACUGCAGAUUGCUAUGUUGUUAGAU